UUUUUUUUGGGGGCGUGUUUGUGCGGUUCGUGUCUGGAGCUGGACUUCCAGCGUGGUCUUCUAGGCGGUCUUUUUUGGCGUUUCUGGGGCUUGUUUACCUAACUGGAAGCUGAGCGUGGGCGGUUCGGAUGGCAGAGCAAGAGCUGCUCGGCGGUACAGAGGCCAUGCUGAGGCCCAGAGACUCGCCCACGUACCCCGAGCCAGGCCUAGGGAAGAGACCUCAGUGACCUGGUCCUUGCUUCCUCUGCAGAAUCCAAUGGCUGUGGCCACGCACAGGAACCUGGCCAAGGUUCCCCUGACGUCAGAACCAGUUAUGGAGCUUGGCCUGGAUGUGUCCUUUGAGGAUGUGGCCAUUCACUUCUCCCAGGAAGAGUGGAUGCUCCUUGAUAAGGCCCAGAGGCUCCUGUACUGCAGUGUGAUGCUGGAAAACCUAGCACUUGUAGCAUCUCUGGGUUCCUGUACUGGAACGCAGGGUGAAGAUGGAGCUUCUGAGUAUAAUGCACCUACAGACUGGGUGGGGUGUAACACAAGUCCAUCUCCCCAGGAGACUCAUCUUGAGAUACCUGUCCCAGCUUUGGGAGACAUUUUGCACCAGACUGAGUUCCCGAGCACAUGCCUUGUGCAGAUGUUGUGCUCGGGCAGAACAGGUUCCAGUUUGAAUGACGACAGUAACCAGCAUCAGAAGAGUUACAGUGGAGAAAAGUCCUGCGAAGGGGAUUCUCACAGGGACUCAGCUAUGUCAAGCUGUACAUCCCAUGUAUUGACCAAGCUGCUCAUCAGUGGGAAGGAUGGCGAGGAGGCCCUCUCCUCCACAGGCUGUCCUCAGCAGCAGCCCACUUGUGAUAGUGAACAGCCUCACAGCAGCGUCAAGUGUGGGGAAGCACUUUUGAAAGGAGACAAACAUUGUAAGGACGGUGAAUGCCAAAAAGGUUCAAGCUGCAAACACGCACUUGUUCAGUGUCCAAGUGCCUCCUCUGAGAAAAGGCCAUCCGAGUGUGGCAAGUAUGAGAAAGCCUUCUCCUGCAAUUACAGACAUGCUCAGCACCAGGACAGUCACCGGGGACAAAGGACACAUGAGCAUAGUCCUCAUGAGAAGUCCUUCAGCAAAAUGUGCCGCCUCGAUGCACAAGACAGAAUUCGUCCUCAGGAAAAGCCCUAUAAAUGCACUGAAUGUGGAAAAGCCUUUGUCUAUAAGUCUGAACUCAUUUACCAUCAGAGACACCACAGUGCUAGAGUACAUUAUGAGUGUGUGGAAUGUAGAAAAUCCUUCACCUACAAAUCCAACCUCACUGAACACCAGAGAAUCCACACGGGAGAAAGGCCUUAUCAGUGUGAACAGUGUGGGAAAUCCUUCAGACAAAACUCUAGCCUCUUUAGACACCACAGAAUUCAUACUGGAGAAAGGCCAUACGAGUGCUACGAAUGUGGGAAAUCCUUCAGACAGAUCUUUAAUCUCAUCAGACACAGGCGAGUCCACACUGGAGAAAUGCCUCACCAGUGUAGUGACUGUGGGAAAGCCUUUAGUUGCAAAGCUGAACUCACUCAACACGAGCGAAUUCAUAGUGGGGAAAAACCUUAUGAGUGUGGCGAGUGUGGAAAAUACUUCAGGCAGUUCUCCAACCUCAUUCGACACCGGAGAGUGCACACUGGUGACAGGCCUUAUAAGUGCAGUGAGUGUGAGAAAUCCUUCAGUCGAAAAUUCAUCCUCAUCCAGCACCAAAGAGUUCACACUGGAGAAAGGCCUUACAAAUGUGGGGAGUGUGGCACAUCGUUCACCCGGAAAUCUGACCUCAUCCAGCACCAAAGAAUUCACACCGGCACGAGACCUUAUGAGUGUGAAGAAUGUGGGAAGUCAUUCAGACAAUGUUCUAGCCUCAUCCAGCACCGGAGAGUUCAUACUGGAGAGAAGCCUUAUGAGUGUGUUGAAUGUGGGAAAGCCUUUAGUCAGAGUGCUAGCCUGAUCCAACAUCAGCGACUGCACACUGGAGAAAGACCUUAUGAAUGUAGCGAAUGUGGAAAGUCCUUUAGCCAGAGUGCUAGCCUGAUCCAACACCAGAGAAGCCACAGUGGAGAAAAGCCUUUUGAAUGUAGUGAAUGUGGCAAGCCCUUUACCCAUAAAUCUGACCUGAUUCAGCACCAAAGGGUUCACACCGGAGAAAGACCUUAUGAGUGUCAUGACUGUGAGAAAUCCUUUAGCCGUAGAUCGAAUCUUGUUCGACACCAGCGAGUUCACAACCAGGAAGAGUCUAUCACGUAAGAAAUGUGCUGCUAAGGGUGUUCUUUAUCACAUCUAGGUGAGAAGCACAUUUGCAGAAAGCGCAUAUAGAUUCAUGCCUGCCCUUGAUUGGACACAGGUGAGAAGUGUGCAGCCUUGUGGGUUUUGCUGUUAUAAGCAGCUAAGAUAAUUGGUGGCCAUUCUCUGGGAAUCCCAGGUAUGGACCUGGCCAGUGUCCAUCAACCUGGCCAGUGUUUAAUAAAACUUCUUUCAAAUUCGGCUCAAAAAACCCCCUGCUGUUUAAUAAGUGUAGUAACACUAGAGGUUACCCACAGUCCUCUCUGAGUUCAGAGAUUAUUCACCUGGGCUUCAGAAAUGGAGUUUAUUUCAAAUAUGGGGGAAACUUUUGAGGAGACUCAUUCCAGUUUUUAGUAUGCCCAGGGCCAUGUCCUGAUUUAUGGCAUUCACAGUGUCUGGUAGAAACUCUGUAACUCUUGCCAUCUGGAGGAUUACGAGUCUGAUUAUCCCUGCUGAGUGCUUAAAAAUGCAGACCUCUCUACUCCACUCCAGCCUUAUUGGCGACCCCUCCUUUCCUUUUAGGGCAGCAAUCUUAUUCGGAAAGUGUGGUCUGAGUUGUGCUUUCAAUUUUGCUAGGAAAGAUAACCUUGUUCAGGAAAGGUUUUGUUCUCACACUGUGCUCCUGAUGAAUAUUUCCAGGUUGGAAUUCACCACCUUGUGAAACGCGUGCUGUACAUUACUCUGACCUAACUUUUGAAAAGGGAGUUUGUUUAUGCUUCUUUGAUCUUGAAGGUUCUGUUUAUUCUGUGGUGUGAUUUAUCAGCUGACCUGUGAUGUCAGCAUGAAGGGGUGGACCAACUCCAUAGAUAUGCUCACUUUCUAUUUUAGAAGGUAUGGUAGAGCGGCAGGAAGCAGCUAUGUGGGGCAUUGAUCUGAUUUUCAUGGCUACCUCUGCCCUCACAGGAAAGACUGUUGGGUUUUGUGUUCCUUUGUUCCUGACUUACUGAACGUACUAUGAUUUUGAGGAGGUAAGAAGUCUUCAUGAAGAGGAGUGUUAUGGCAACCCCAGGUAUUCCCGUGUCACCUGAACAUUCUGUUUACUUUUCCACCGGGAUAUCACAUAAUUCCUAGCACUGUUGAAGGUAAUCUCUUCUGCAGGCUUUGCACUGGAGCCAUUUGCUGUGUGUAUGGGGUAGUGAUUGGGACAGGAACUGAGUUAAUGGAUAUGAAAAUUAUUCUGCAUUUCUUUAUUGUGCAUAUAUGUGGCUUGGUGUACAUGGACUAUGGUACAUGUGUGAAGGUCAGAAGGCAGCUAUUGGAGUUGAUUCUAUUCUACCAUGUGGGCUCCAGAGAUUGAAUUCAGGUCAUCAGGCUUUUGGCAAAUGCUGUUACCUGCUGAGCCAUCUCUCUGACCCUGGAACAUGCUUCUAUGAAAACUUCACCUAUUGAUGUUCCAGGGACUUUGUGUGAGUUGACAAAUUCUCAAGGUCUUUAUAGUUAUUUCUUGUGGCUGUGAGUUUUUGUCAGAGAAAAAAGUAAGAUGAUUUUGUGGAUUCCUCUAUUCCCCUGGCUCUGCUAGGGGCCAAAGCUGUUCAGUCAGAGAAACAAGGGGAGGAAGAUAAUUCGGUGGGGGAGGGAGUAUGUGAGGGCCAGUAACUUUUAUUCCUUACCAAGAUUGGCUGCCGGUGGAGCAAGGCUGUGACUCUCAGAUUCUGAGAAGCAAGGUGAUGGAAUCUGUAUCGUCUUGUGAAAAUUUUUUGAGAAGAGCUGGGCAUCCAGGUAUACUGUUUUGGGCUACUUUUCAUGUCGUUAUUUAUGUAUCAUCUGUGUGAUUGAUACUUAAAGGGCAUAACAUGGCACUGUGGCAUAUGCUUGGAGUUCCAAUUUCUAGAAAGGCUGAGGAAUGAGGAUCCCAUGAGCCCAGGAGUUUGUGGCUCAGUGUGGGAAACAUAGCAUGACUCUAUCUCAAAAACAAAACCUCAAUUUGGUAAAGUCUUGAAAUCAUUACAGUUAUGAAGAUGAAUUUACCUGUCAUCUGUGUAUUUACAACAUGCUCCUUUAUUUACAUUUCCUAUCUCUCCUGGAAACCAGUGAUUUUUUUUUUUUUAAUUUAAACUUUAUUUUUUAGGUGUAUGGGUGUUUUCUCUGCAUGUAUGAAUGAAUGUGUGCCUAGUGCCUGAGGAGGCCUAAAGAGGGAGUAGGAUCUCCUGGGACUGGAGUUACAGAUAGUUGUGGGCCACCAUGUGGGUACUGGGAACUGAACCCAGGUUUCCUGGAAGAACAUCUAGUGGUCUUAAGUGCUGAGCCAUCUCUUCAGACCCUGCUUUUUCUUAAGCAACAGAUUAGUUUACAUCAUUUAGAGUUUUAAAUUAUUGCUAUCAAAACAUGUAUGGUUUUAUAUAUAUAUAUGUAUAUAUAUGUUGUAUAGUUCAAGAUUCAACAGUGAUGCUUAUAUGAAAAGUUGCUACUGCUGCUGAAUAGUGUUCUGUAUGAAUCAACUACUGUUUGUUUAUCCAUUAAUUUAUUUACAGAAUUUCUUUGUAGAUUUUCCAUAUGACAAAUAAAGCUGCUUUGAGUAUGUCAGUCUUUAUAUAGUUAUGCAUUUUAAGUACCUUGUGUUAAUAACUCAGAUUGUAAUACAGGAGUUAUAGAUGAUUAUUUUAAGAACAAUUUAGGAAGUGCCAACUGUGAUGUGUUUGCUCCCUCUUGCAUUCCCACCAGCAGAAUGUGAAAGUGGCUGUUUCUCUCCAUCCUGGCGUGUAUACCAACCAUAUGGAUAGUCCUUUAAAAUUUUACCCCAUUUGGUGAGUCUACUGUGACAUUUCACUAUGUAUUUCAUUGUAUUUCCUUAAGUAUUCUGAAAUAAAACACGUUUUUUAUGUGCUUAAUUGCUGCUGAUACAUCUGUAAUAAAAUGGCUGUUCAUGUA